AAUUACACACCUUGGCCACAACAUUAGGAACACAUUCAUAAUCCAAUGUGAAACAACAGAGAAGUUCUAUCAAAACAAAUACAAUCAUGCUCACCGCUCAGAUGGUUCUAUAUAUUGUUACUGUAUUUAGACGCACAAUAGACACAAACUCUUAGAUGGUGUCUUUCUGCAUAAAUACAAUCAAGCAUUAGCGUUACUAUCGCCCGGUGGCAGACAGAGGGAAACACACACACACACACACGGAUUAUUAGGCUCACAUUGAAAAUAAAUUAAACUGAGAUUUCGAGAAUAAAUUUGUAAAUUUACGAGGAAAACAUUUUUAAUAUUACGAGAAUAAAGUCGUAAUAUUAUGUGUCAGAGGGAAAAUAGAACAUAGCUCUUGAGGAAGGAAGAAAACUUUCCUCUUGCUUCAGACAAGCUUUUACUUAUAACGUCGCUGCAAAACAGAGCAGUUGAGCACAAACAGAUUAGCAUCCUACCAGCCUUUGUCACUUCCCUUUCCUUACACCGCCCCCUCCACAUGCCCAAGGUCGCAUAAAUCCCUUUUUAAGACAUAUUUUAAUACUCCAUCGUAACAGGCAUUGCCUGAGACAGCUAUGAAAAGGGGGACUUAUGUGACCUUUGGCCUUGGGCAAAGGUAAUAUUAGGACUUUUUUCUUAAAUGUAUGACUUUUAUUCCUCGUAAAUUUACGACUUUUUUACCUGACAAAUUUACGAGAAUAAAGUCGUAAAUUCACGAUUCACUUUAUUCUCGAAAUCUCAGAUUAUUUUUUUCUUUCAAUGUGGCCCUCAUUCUCCAUCGUAUUUACCAUUGUUCAACAAUGAGCUGGAAUAUUUCGCAAUAUAAGAGACCACCUGAUUUAUGUAGCAAAUUGGGUUAGAAUGAGCAAAAGUGUUUUAACAAAGACGCAAAGUGUACCUAUUCAUUUCUCCUCUUCAAAAGUCGUCUAAUUUUCUUUUGGGCCUCCUGUCAGUUUUGUUUUAUGAAUUUGCAGCAUUUCUCUCAUGCAGUUGUUUUCGGGGUUUGAGUGUGUUUUUGGAAUUUUGUGCAUUUUUUUAGCAUUUGUUUUUGAUCCUGCAGUGUUUAUGUGAUUGCCCUGCAUUUUAAAUUUGCAGCAUUUUUCGCUUGCAUUUGUUUCAUUGUGUUUUUGAUUUUGGGUCCUGGUUCUAUGUUUGGACGUUGCUGCGCGUUUGCCACAUACCGCCGCUGUAGUAUCCUCAUAAGUAAAGUUUUCAUUUUAACUCAAGUUGCUUAAAGAACUUUUACUGGAUAACAGCUGCAAGUGAUGGGUAUUACAUAACAUAUGUUUGUGGCCACAUACAUUAUAUUGUUAUUAUGCAUGGGCAGUGUUUCCCACAAGACUGCAAUCUAUCUAGAGUGGUGGGUUGCACAUGCAUAACUGGCCAUGGCGCCUGUGCAUGCAAUUUUUGAGGGCAUACCUGUCAACAUUGGCAUUUGGAAAUAAGGGAAGUUUUCCAGCAAAUUGGGGAAAUCAAAUGUAUUUCUAUUUACACUGUUGCUAAUGGGCAGAAUUGUGAAAACUGACAUUCCACUGUCAUUUUUCUCAUCCAUUGCUUGACACGGACACAUCAAGGCGACUACUGAAUAACUACACACAUAUAUUUUAAGGCCACCUCUCUCUCUCCCACACACAUACACACACAUACACACAGCACACCAUGCCAUGCCAUGACUCAUGCCAUUUGACAGAGAUGCAGUGCAGCAGCGAUGAGUGGGGGAGUGAAAAAGCAGAUGUGUGAGUGUGUCUCUGCAAGAUAGAGAUAGAAGCUGGUAGAAAAACGUUGCCUGGAAUAUAAUCCCUUAAUUUGGCUUUGAAACUGGGUGGGGGGUGGCGUCAAGCCAUCCAGAGAGGAGCCUUUUUGGGUCUGUGGGAGCCAGCGACCAAAAGCGAAGGAUGCUUUGUGCUUUAUUUGUCACAUGCACUUGCAUCAGCAGCAUGACUUGAUAGCAUGAUUUGAAAGCAGGUCAACAUGCAGGAAAAACAAGAUCCGUCCAGUCGAGGGCCAAGCAUCUUGGGGAAGGCUCACCCAGCUCUCAAAGCCUUUAUGUGCGGCUCCCUCAGUGGCACCUGCUCCACGCUGCUCUUCCAACCUUUGGAUCUGGUUAAGACUCGGCUGCAGACUCUGCAGAACAACGCCAAGCCAGGGGCACCAAAAGUGGGGAUGUUCAGCGUUUUCAUCAAUGUGAUAAGAACAGAAAAUGUCUUUAGCCUGUGGAAAGGAGUUUCACCGUCAUUCGUUCGUUGUAUCCCCGGGGUGGGCAUCUACUUCAGCACCUUCUACUCCCUCAAGCAGCACUUCUUCCUGGACCGAGCGCCCAAUGCCUUCGAGGCUGUGUUGCUGGGAGCUGGCGCCAGAUCUGUGGCCGGUGUCUGCAUGCUGCCGUUCACCGUCAUCAAAACACGUUUUGAGAGUGGCUACUACAAUUAUGUGAGUGUGGCUGGUGCUCUGAGGAGUGUGUACGAGACGGAGGGAUUGAGAGCGCUGUUCUCCGGCCUCACUGCUACUCUGCUCCGAGAUGCCCCCUUCUCUGGGAUUUAUGUCAUGUUCUAUAGCCAGGCCAAGAAAACGCUCCCCCAAGAGGUGACGUCGUCCGUCUACGUCCCCCUGGUGAACUUCAGCUGUGGCGUGGUGGCAGGCAUCAUGGCAUCACUGGUCACACAGCCUGCAGAUGUGGUGAAGACCCACAUUCAAGUCAGCCCAUCACACUGGAGCACGCUGGAUGCUAUUCAUUAUGUUUACAGGGAGCAUGGCUUGGGUGGGUUUUUUCGCGGGGCUGUUCCUCGGUCUCUCCGGCGUACUCUGAUGGCUGCCAUGGCAUGGACUGUUUACGAGCAGCUGAUGGCUCGAAUGGGCCUCAAAUCCUAAAGGGUUGGGUGAUUUGGACUAU